AUGGAGACCCAGCAGGAGCCGACCAAAGCCGGUGCGGUGGUGGCGCCGCCGGGGGUUGCCGGCGAACCGGCCGUCGGAGGCAGAGUUCUUGACAAUGGACCUCCGGCGCCAGCAACAGCGCAGCAAGGACCAGCGGCUGCAGGUUCAGCAACUGACAGAGACGCGGUGCUGGCCAAGGUGGAGAUGGAGCGGAAGCUGUCGAUGGUGAAGGCGUGGGAAGAGAACCAGAAGAGCAAGGCCGACAACAGGGCUGAGCACAAGAUGUCGUCCAUCCUAUCAUGGGAGAACACCAACAAGGCGGCGGUCCAAGCCAAGCUCCGAACACGGGAGGAGAAGCUAGAGAAGAAGAAGGCGGAGUACGCUGAGAAGAUGCGGAACCGUAUCGCGAUGAUCCACAAGGAGGCGGAGGAGCAGCGGGCCGCCGUGGAGGCCAGACGGCAGGAGGAGAUGAUCAAGUGCGAGGAGACGGCGGCCAAGCACCGCUCACAAGGGACCACGCCCAAGAAGAAAUUCCUCACCUGUUUCGGCUGA